AUGUUAUCCUACCUCCUCGCCAGCGGCAAGAAGCCCCGCUUCAAAGCGGAAGACGAUGACGACCCAUUCCCGCUCCACACCGAUCCCAACACCCUCCUAAAACACGAAGCCUACAAUGAUGGUGACUGUCUCUCGUGUCGCGUCCUCGGAUCAACCGCCUUCGUCGCGUUGGGCGGGUACAGCUAUUUUAGCGGGAUGAAGAGCCUACGGGAACGACGGAGGGUGAUCGAGCUGAGUGCGUCGCGGUAUAAGUACGGGUCGAGACAGUUGGGGAUUGUGAGUCUGUCUGCGACGCUGGUGGGCUUGGGGCUGGAUCGAUAUGGACAUGCAUUCAUCGAAGUUCCUUCCACGACCUAUACGAAUGACGAUCCACGAGAGGGAAAAGGCCGUCGCUCUCCUGCGCCAGAAAACAAAAUCCAGAUCAUCCGCUUCCAGGCCCAAUGGCAUACCAUAUGCGUGGAAUGA